UCGUGACACCGAAGCAAAUGGCGCCAUUGUCACAUCUCCUCGUGGUCUUGGUGCUUCUUCGCGCUGCCGCGGCGCUGGACAGCGGUGGUGGCGGCGGCCAGGCGCGCUACGCCCGCGUCUUCAGCUUCGGCGACUCCCUCACCGACACAGGCAACGCGCUGCACGUCCCGGCCACCAGCGCGGGGCCGGCGAGCCGUCCACCGUACGGAGAGACCUUCUUCCGCCGCCCCACCGGCCGCGCGUCCGACGGACGUCUCGUCGUCGACUUCUUCGUUGAGGCGCUCAGGGUGCCGCACCCGACGCCGUACCUUGCCGGGAAGAUGGCGGCGGAUUUCCGGCGCGGCGUGAACUUCGCGGUGGGCGGGGCGACGGCGCUUGAUCCGGAGUUCUUCGAGAGCAAAGGACUGAAGCCGUUCGUGCCGGUUUCUCUUAGGAACCAGACCAGCUGGUUCAGGAAUGUUUUACAACUUCUUGGCUCCGUUCACGGGCAGAGGAAGAUCACGGCGACCGCGCUCUUCCUCGUCGGAGAGAUCGGGGUCAACGACUACUUCAUCGCCCUCAACAGGAACUGCACCGUCGGCGAGGUGAAGAACUUCGUGCCGCACGUCAUCGGCGCCAUCCGGUCGGUCGUGACCGACGUGAUCGCCGCCGGAGCAGCCACGGUGGUGAUCCCGGGGAUGAUACCGCUGGGCUGCGAGCCGCAGCUGCUCGCGCUCUACCAGGGCAGCGUCGACGCCGAGGGCUACGACCCGGACUCCGGCUGCAUCACGCGGCUCAACGACCUCGCCGAGCUGCACAACCGCGGCCUGCGCCGCAUGAUCAGCGGCCUCCGGCGCGCCAACCCCGGCACGGCCAUCGUCUACGCCGACCUCUACCGCGCCGUCACCGACAUCAUCGUGUCGCCCGGCAAAUACGGUUUCAGGGAUAGGCCGUUGGCGGCGUGCUGCGGCGGCAUCGGAGCGUACAACUUCGACAUGGCGGCGUUCUGCGGCGCGGCGGGAACAGCGGCGUGCGCCGACCCGUCGGAGUACGUCUCCUGGGACGGCGUGCACUUCACGGAGGCCGCCAACAGGCGCAUCGCGUGCGCCGUGCUCGAGGGAUCGUACGUCGCCGACGCGCCUACCCUGUCGAUGUCCUGGGCCACGACGGAGACCGGACGUAGGAUUCGGUGCGUCGGCUAGAGUCCGGUCGAGCCGGCCGUGGGCCGGCUAAUAACGUGGCGCCCGCUGAUGCCCUCGCUUUGAGUCAUCUACUUUUUGACUGGUAGGGCUGCCCGCCAUUUCUUAGGAAUAUAUGUAGG